AUUCCAUAAGUUGUGCAGUAUUUCUCUAAUCAUUGAAGAGAAAAUACUGCAAUUCUCAAGAGAAUAAUCAACCUAUAUAUCUUUGAUAGUAAAAUAAAACAAUAAAUAAAUAAAAUGGCACGUCAAGUAAUUGUUGUUGCUCUUCUCUUUGUUGCCUUUGUUGGUUUGGUUUCCGGUGCCACAUCACCAAGCAGCUCACCAUCUUCAUCACCAUCUUCAUCGCCACAUUCAUCUCCAUCAUUAUCCCCAUCAUCAUCAUCAUCAUCAUCUCCAUCAUCAGCCCCCGCAGCUUCACCUAAAAGUAAGAGCAAUGGAAGUGCACCAACUCACUCACCCAAAUCAUCACCAUCACCAUCACCAUCACCUAAGGGAAGCUCACCGUCAUCAUCUCCUACCUCAGAUUCGUCAAGCUCAGCUGAAGAAGAGGAAGUCUCAUCACCUCCUCCUCCUCCAACAGACUCUACCACCACAAGUGACUCAGCUCCCACAUCAGCUGAGGCACCCACUGCUAGCACUGCCACUACAUUGAAGGUUUCAUCCAUCAUUCUUGUUUCAGCUGUUGCUGGAUUCUUCUUCUAAUUUUAUUAUUUAAACAUUUGAGUCAUGACUCUUUUGUAAUAGAUUUUGACAAAACUAAUCAACUGUGUGCCUCAUUUUUACUUCAUUUAUUAUUUAACCUUGUCUCAUUACUACUACUUAUGAUGAACAAAGACUCAUAAGUACGUCUAUCUUUCCCUUUUUUGUAACUCUAAAUAAUAGAGCAUUCUUUUUGGCAAUAUGUGUAAGUUUAAAGUCAAAAGCUUCCCUUCA